AGUUUUGAAGGGAGCCGAGUAGGGUUGCGGUUGGAGCCUGUGUUUAACCGCGUCGGUUACAGGUCACGAUGACCGUCCCCUCUCCGGAGGAGCUGGACUCCUUCAAGUACAGUGACCUGCAAAAUUUAGCCAAGAGUCUGGGCCUCCGGGCUAACCUGAAGGCAGAGAAGUUGUUAAGAGCCUUGAAAGCCCACCUGAAAGAGGAAGCAGGAAGAGAAAAGGAGCAUCAGGCUGAAGGUCAAACCUCUGCUUCCUCCUGUGGCAAGCCUGAGAUAGAGAUUUGUGGCGAGGAACAAGCUGCUAGGGAGCCGGCUGGCCAAGUCAUCAAAAGGAGGAGAAGGCGCAAGACAGCCCACAGGAACCCUGAUCCCCAGCAGGAUCUUUCAGAGAUAACAAUCAGUGAGAGCACUGAAUUCCAGAGUCAAGAAAAGCAGGAAGACCAGAUUCCUGGGACUACUGCAGAAGUUCCCUCUUCCUAUAGUGUGUAAGAGUUCAUUUUUCUC